AUGAACAAAUCGCACUUGGGAACGGCGGACAAUCCUCAAGAAGAUGUGGUCACGGCACAUGAUAUCGGUCGUCUUGUGGAUGUAGUGAAUGUUGGAAAAGGAUUUCUUCGAUAUGUUGGUCCGAUCCAUGGGAAGGAAGGAUUGUUCUGUGGAAUAGAACUAUUGGAACCAAAUGGAAAACACGAUGGAUCAUUUCAAGGUGUUUCAUAUUUUAUUGCCACUCCCCAACAUGGAAUUUUCGCACCAUUAUUUCGAGUAACAUUAGAUGCAGAUGAACGUCCAAAACCUCCUCCAAUACCGCCAACCAACCGUCUCUCUCGAUCCGCUCUUCCGGCUCUUCAAUUACGCAAUCCGCUUACCCAGGAGCGUAAACCGGAAGAAGAUGUGAUGUCCACUUCGGUUUAUGUUUCAUCUACUAAACCAAUCGCAAUUCCAACAAAAAAUUGUCGUCCGCCGGAGACUGAUCCAAUGCAAAUGUCCAUGUUUUCGGAUAUGAUGGACGGUUCGAUGUUUUCGAACGGGUCCUGGAGCGAUAUUGGAGAUUCAAUGAUCACUUCGAAUUGUACUUUCACAGUGAGGAAGGGGCCUUUGAUCUCGAAUGAUGAUGACGAUCUUAUGAGUAUGCCAAUGGUUCAGUCAGUUUUCAAUAUUGAUAGAGAAGCACUGAGGAGGGAAGAGCAGUUGCAAUCGUCUAUAGUGCUCGGCGAGUCGCGAAUCGGCGUUGAGCAUCUUCCGAUAAUAGAAGACGAGGAACUCGAAACGCCACUCGUCGAGACGAGAACACUGCCAAUUCCGAACGAUGUAAAUGCUAAUUUAUCAAAGACAACCACCAACAACACGACAUACAUCGAACCGCCCGUCUUAGAGACUCCGAAAGUGGAAAUCCACCAAAAUGGAAACAUGGACAACGAAGACACAGAAGCCACCGCCAUCACUCCUCCGUCACAACAAUUUCCGUCGUCGGGUGGCUCAAUGGUAUCCCAGGAGAGCGAUUCGGGUUCCAGAAAAGAGGACACAAAAAGUGACAAGCCUUCUGGUCAACACAAACAGCCGCCCAAAAUGGAGGAGAAGGUAGUGUCGAGGAAGAAAGAAGAGGCUCCGAUGCCACCACCCCCACCGAAAUUUCCAGUCAAAGCGAAGGCUCCGAGUAAGCAUCAAUUAAUGAUGGAGGCGCUGAAGGCGUCCAUCGAAGCAGAAAAGAAUAAGCCAAAGAAGGAAGUGAAAAGUAGAGUUUCAUUACUUCCACCACCAGCACCAAAAGCUCAAAAAGAGAAUAAAGAAGGCGGAGGAGAAAUGACUGAAACUCCACGAAGAACUAUCACAAAAACUCCGCUGAAAACUGUGAAUGCAAAGGCAAAAACAUCGCCAGCUCCACCAGUUGAAAGACCAAAAAAAGAGAGAAAACCAUUGUAUACACCUCCAGCUCCCAAAGAACGAGUAGAGAAAGAAAAGAAGCUUCCACCAAAAGCAAUUGUGUCCCCUCCAUCAACAGGAGACAAAAAACCAGUGGUAUCUUCUAUUCCAUCCACUUCAUCUUCUUUGAAAGGAGCAUUCCCAACGUCUUCAUUUGCUGGUGGAGGAAAGAUUCAAGCUCCACGGAAAGCUUCGACGGCUUCUUCGAUUGCUUCUGCCAAAAAACAGAAGGUUCCACCAAUAGACGAGAAAGAAAAACUAGCCCGUCUCCAUGCGUCCAAUCAAGCGUUCGAUGCUCUAAUUAUUGUGAUGAACCAAACAAAUGAGGAGAAGGAGCGGAAAUUAGGAAGUAUUAGUGAACAAUAUGAAAAGAAGACGUCCGAGCUCGGGGAUCUGAAGAAAAUGCUAGACGAGGCGAGGAAGAAGUUCGAGGAAGAUGUGGAGCAGAUGAAGAGCAAUAAUCAACAAGUUAUUCGAAAUCAUGCAAACACUGUCGAGAAUAUGCAGAAGACCCACGAAGCACAGACAGCCGAAAAGAAUAAAGAAUUCGAACGAAAUCUUGAAGAUGAGCGUGCUCGUCGUGAGGCUGAAAUCCUUGCAAUGAACAACAGACAUCAGAAAGUCGUCACUUGUCUCGAUGAGAAAAUCGCAGAAGCUGAAAAGCAAUGUGAUCAACUCAGUGCUGAUAAGAAAACUUUGCAAGCAGCUCUUGCGAACGAUUGUGAUCAUCGGAAUCAGAUGUUGACCAAGGAAAUCUCAUCACUUCAAACAGCUCUGGAAAUGAAAUCAGCAGAGAUGAAAGAGUUGAGACAAAAGAAUCAGAAUUUAUCUCUCCAAGUCGACGAAAUCCCACUGAAAGAACUAGAAAUCAGCAAGUGGAAGCAUAAGUCAAAUGAGUACAAACAGAUGUUGGAUCAGAAGAUUAAUGGAGAAAAAAUCCUUGUACAACAAAUCGAAGAACUCCGCCGAAAACAAAUUCACGACGAAGAAGAAAAGGAGGCAAUGAAGAGAAGUUUUGAUUUGAUGCAAUUCAAAUAUGAGAAUGGGGAUGAUCCGAAUGUAACAAGUGUUAUGUCAGCUCCGAUGGAGAGUCGGUUCAGCACGCCAACAAAAGUUCAAUUCCGAUCAAGAUCUUCUGCAUCUGGAAGUCGUCCAAUUUCAAUGGCUACCAGCAACGGGGAUCAACGAUUAUCAACAUCUUCCCACCACGACGAUAGCAUGAAUCGGUCUACAAUUUCCAUGUAUACUAGUCACAUAAGACUGCCUGAAAACCAUGCCGAUGACGUUAUAUAUGCUCCAGAUGAAAUAAUCUCAAGUAGGAGUGGAUCGAUCUCUCAAAGACUUGCGAUUGCAAUAGAAGAUGAUGGAGAACCGAUACUGAAGAAUGAGUCUAGAAAUGCAUCGGAUUCUGGAAUUGGUCUAGUCAUGUGA